ACUGGUCCGCUCGCUAUCUAUUCAUUGGGAAUCAAUUAAAGUGUCAAGGCUCCACGCCAAAUUUGACAAAUCGGCGGUACCAAACAGUACUCAAGAGCUUGGGAAAUAGAAAGGUUUCCGAUCAUGCUGGGGAGAAGGUUGGUUUCCUUCUUCAGGAGCUCUUCAGCGUCACAGUUUUCAAGUGUUGCCAAGCCUGUGGAUGAAGAAAAAAGCAGGUCUUUUGGUUCCAAGGCUGUUUCUUUUCUGUUGAUUACUGUUACUGGCGGUGUUGCUUUGAGUGCUCUUGAUGACCUUGCCAUAUAUCAAGGCUGCAGCAGCAAGGCCAUGGAGAAAGCCAGUAAGAAUCAGGCAAUCAAAGAUGCCAUUGGUGAACCAAUUGUUAAAGGUCCAUGGUACAAUGCAUCUCUUGCAGUCGCUCACAAAAGGCAAUCUGUAUCUUGCACAUUUCCUGUGUCUGGACCACGGGGCAAUGGUGUCUUCCAAUUGAAGGCUGUUCGUAAUGGAGAGGACAGCUGGUUUUCAUUUUUCCUUCCUCGUGAUUGGGAAAUCCUAAUAAUGGAAGCUCUCCUUCAUGUUCCUGGUAAUGAAGAGAAGCAGCAAACAAUACGGAUUAGUCUAUCUGAAAACUAUCCGCCUCCAGAUUGCAAGGCAUGCAUCUCAUGCCCACAGGCAUCUCAAAAGCCAGAGAACAAAUGAAAAGUUGCAUAUCAUCAAGAAUGUGAGAAAAUUUUUUCAGUUUUCAUUUUCGUGUUUCACACAAGUCCCUGUUCUUCCAGCAUCAGGAUUGACAAAAGUUAGAUCUGAUCUGCUCAUAAAUAUUUGUUAAACCUGGUGAUCAGGUUUAACGCCAUGCAAUUUGUUCCAUUCAUUUUGAUGGGGUUUAAAUUUCCAGGAUAGAUUUGGUACAUUCAUUCUAGCAGAUAUUGAAGACCAAGCAAUAGCUAAGAAUUGAGCAAGUAUUCUGUUUCCUA